ACCACACUGAUCGAUUGGUGGGCGAGACUUCUUCCUUUUACCAUCAUCCUUGUCCAUUCAUGGCUGAAUCUGUGGCCCACCCCUCGGUUUUGAACGCGACCGAAGAGGACAUUAAGCAGCUUCUUGCUGCUUCUUGCCAUAUCGGCUCCAAGAAUUUGGAGAUCCGCAUGGAGAAUUACGUGUGGAAGCGCCGUGCUGAUGGUGUUAACAUCAUCAACAUUGGCAAGACUUGGGAGAAGAUCGUCUUGGCGGCUCGUAUCAUUGCCACCGUCGAGAACCCCGCUGACGUUUGUGUCGUCUCUUCUCGUCCCUAUGGUCACCGUGCCGUUCUGAAGUUUGCUGCUCACACCGGUGCUACUGCCAUCGCUGGCCGUUUCACCCCCGGUAACUUCACCAACUACAUCACUCGUACCUUCCGUGAGCCUCGUCUCAUCAUCGCCACGGAUCCUCGUGCUGAUGCUCAAGCCAUCAAGGAGGCUUCCUAUGUCAACAUUCCCGUCAUUGCCCUUUGCGACACUGAUUCUCCUUUGGCUCAUGUCGAUGUUGCCAUUCCCACCAACAACAAGGGUUACAAGUCCAUUGGUCUCGUUUGGUGGCUCUUGGCCCGUGAGGUUUUGCGUCUUCGUGGUGCUCUUACUCGUACUGGUGCCUGGGACGUUAUGGUCGAUAUGUACUUCUAUCGCGAUCCCGAAGAGAUUGAGCGCGAGGAGGAGGCUAAGGCUGCUGCCGAAGCUGCUGCUGAGGCCGCCACCACUGCCGAGGCUGCCGCUGAGUUCGAGGCUGUCGCUGCUGGAGCUGUUGAUGCCGAUGUCCUUGCUGCCGCUACUGCUGGCCAAGUCGGUGAGGGUGCUUGGGACGAGGCUGCUACUGGCGACUGGAGCACCGUUGGUGCCUCUACCUCUGACUGGACUGCCACUGCUGCUCAGUAGACUCGUAAAAAACGUACACACACUCAAGGAGAUGUGUGUUCACAGCAUCAUUUUGCUCUUGGAUACAGAAAAACACCUUUAAAGGGAGUAAUGAAAAUGGUUUAAAAGGACUACGAAUUCAUUUGACAUAUGGUCAAGUUUUUCCUAAAUGGUGCCUUAUGGGAGGGAGACGCUUUCAUCUCUAAAUGACUUUUUACUUGAAACAGUACCACGUUGGCGUGUUGUCCGUUUCUUUCAUUGAUUGCUUGUGCAGAAACAUGUGUUAAACCGGUGGUCGUUAUUGCGGAGCUGCACUUUCUGCUGCGGCGCUGCUCUUGUUUGGGCUUACUUGACUAAGCUCGUUUUCGACAACCUGGUCCAGUGCGUUUUGCUGUUCUUGCCCAAGAUUGUUCUCGCUGCUUUGGGAGCCGCUAAGUUUGCCGAUCUGGUUGGUUAGAUUAUUUUGUCAGCGUUUCGUCUCGCAGUGCGUGAGCAAACACUGGCAUUUAUCGUCGUACCUGCUCCAUGCGCUCCAGUGCCUCCAAACGGCGCAUUCGAUGUUGCAUGAAUGCCCGUCCUGUGAGGAACGUGCCGCCAAUGGUUGCGAGAAUGAGAGCUGAAACAGCCGUCCGGUGCAGGGUGUCGUAGAUUCGAAGACGGUUCAUGGCAGAAGAGCAGCGGUUAGUGCAGCCAAGCUGGACGGGGGGACGGACGGUAGGCAGGUGAUUUCGGGUAAUGCUGGCAGGGCGGUAGAAUAGGACGGCGGGGCCUGUGAGGGCGGAAGGUUGAAUAUGUAUGUUUAGAUAAGCUUAAAUUAUCUAAGCGAGUGUUUAGUACGACUGGCAAGGAAAACUGUGAUGCGUUGCUUGUCUACAAAUAGGUAGC